GGGGGAGGGCGGGAGGAGGGUAGGAGAGGAGAAGGGAAAGUGGCAGACGUGAUUGAACGAUGGAGAGAGACGGCAAGGUUGAGAGAAGAGGGAGGGAAAGCGAUCCGGCGAAGAAGAGGAGUCAGUGAGAGAGGGAGCAAAGCCAGAGCGUGUGAGCAUCCUCGCCCCCCCAGGGAGAAGGAGAGGAACGCCCUUCUUCGGCUGAGCGAGCAGCUUCUCUCCUCCGAGUGCUCGUCCCUACGACUCGGGGCUUUCAGAAGGUAUCGGUUGCAUUCCGAGCGGGAACGAUUGGCAGAUCCUCCUUGGCUCCCUUUCCUCCUCCCCCCUCCCCCUCCCCCCGUGGAAACUGAUACCUCUGUGACUUUUCACACCUGUGAGGCGACUUUAUCUUCAUGCAGACGGAGGUCAAGUUGCUGCAUCCGCCUUGCAAAGAGUUUGACAAUUAGACCUGCGGUGGUGAGAUUCAUUUUCCUGCAUGGUGGUGGCGAGCGCUCGGUGUCACCAUGGGAUGCACCACCAGCGUGGUUCUGUUGGAGGGGCUGCGCUCCAUCCUCGAGAGGAACUGCGGCUACAUCAAGGGGGCAGCGGAGCUGAGCGCUCUGGAGGAGGACGGGGAGACGCUGAGCCUGAGGGGGUCUCAACCGUGUAUUUCUACCACCCAUCUGGUAAAACCGAAGAUCAUCGAGCCUCUGGACUACGAGAAUGUGCUUCUGCAGAGGAAGACCCAGAUCAUCAGCGAUGUCCUGCGGGACAUGCUACAGUUUCCCAUGGAUGACUUCCAGAUCUCCACCCUGAGGCGCCAGGGCAGGACUCUGUUCUCCACCGUGCCAGAGACGGCAGAGAAAGAAGCUCACUCGCUGUUCGUCCAAGAGUGCAUCAAGACCUACAAGUCCGACUGGCACGUGGUCAACUACAAGUAUGAGGAGUAUUCUGGAGACUUCCGUCAGCUCCCAAAUAAGGUAUUGAGACCAGAGAAACUGGCAGCUCACCUGUUCGAGGUAGAUGAAGAUGUGGAAAAAGACGAGGACACAGCCUCCCUUGGAUCUCAGAAGGGAGGAGUGUCCAAACACGGCUGGCUGUACAAAGGAAACAUGAACAGUGCGAUCAGCGUUACUAUGCGGUCCUUCAAGAGGAGGUACUUCCAUCUGGCCCAGCUGGGAGAUGGAUCCUACAACCUUAACUUCUACAAGGACGAGAACACCACCAAGGAACCCAAAGGAACCAUCUUCCUUGACUCCUGCAUGGGGGUUGUUCAGAACAGCAAAGUGCGCCGGUUUGCCUUUGAGCUGAAGAUGCAGGACAAGAGCACGUUCCUGCUGGCUGCAGACAGCGAAGCAGAGAUGGAGGAGUGGAUCGGCACCCUCAAUAAGAUCCUCCACAGCAGCUUUGAACAGGCCAUGCAAGAGAAGAGGAACGUAGAACUGCACGACGACGAGGAGCAGGGAAAAACAGACCUAACCUCCGGAAGUUUCCAAGACAGCUUUCAGACUGCCAGAGAUAUUGAGUCCAAAACGAGGAGUGAAGCUCGCCUGAAACUUUUCACUCUGGACGCUGAUACGCAGAAACUGGACUUCUCUGGCAUUGAGCCAGACGUGCGUCAGUUUGAAGAGAAGUUUGGGAAGAGAGUCCUGGUCAGCUGUCACGACCUGUCCUUCAACCUGCAGGGCUGCGUCGCAGAGAACGAAGAGGGGCCGACCACUAAUGUGGAGCCUUUCUACGUGGUGCUGUCCCUCUUCGACGUCCAGAACAGUAGAAAGAUCUCGGCCGACUUCCACGUGGAUCUCAACCACCCAUUGGUGCGCCAGAUGACCCCGGGCUCGGGGAGCAGGCCGGAUGUGCACAUCAACGGCGGCGAUGACGACCCCUUGGCUGGCCGAAGGCAGGCCAGCGGACUCCCGUCGGGGGCCCUCGAGUACCCCAGGCAGGGGGUCUUCUCGGUCACGUGCCCGCACCCGGAUAUCUUCCUGGUGGCCAGGGUUGAGAAGGUCCUGCAGGGGGGGAUCACCCACUGCACUGAGCCCUACAUGAAGUGCUCAGACUCCACCAAGAUGGCUCAAAAGGUGCUGAAGAAUGCCAAGACGGCGUGCAGCAGACUGGGGCAGUACAGGAUGCCAUUCGCCUGGGCCGCUCGGCCUGUGUUCAAAGACGCGUCGGGAACUCUGGACAAAAGCUUUCGCUUCUCAGCCCUCUACAGACAGGACAGCAGCAAGCUGUCCGACGAGGACAUGUUCAAACUGCUGACUGACUUUAGAAAACCGGAGAAAAUGGCCAAACUGCCCGUGCUGCUGGGGAACUUGGAUGUAACCAUUGACAGCGUGGCACCGGACGUAACCAACUGCGUCACUUCCUCCUACAUCCCCGUGAGGGCCUUCGAAGGCAGCGGGCCCGCUCUCCUGGAGGUGGAGGAGUUUGUGCCUUUCAUCGCUAAGUGCUCCCAGCCAUUCACCAUCUAUAAGAACCACCUCUACGUGUACCCUAAACACCUCAAAUACGACGGGCAGAAAUCCUUCGCUAAAGCAAGGAAUAUUGCAGUUUGCAUUGAAUUCAAGGACUCUGAUGAAGAUGAGGCCCAGGCGGUGAAGUGCAUCUACGGCCAUCCAGGAGCUCCUCUAUUCACCAAGCAGGCAUAUGCAACCGUUCUGCACCACCAGCAGAACCCCGAGUUCUAUGAUGAGAUAAAGAUAGAGCUGCCUACUCAGCUGCAUGAGAAGCACCACCUUCUCUUCACCUUCUAUCAUGUGAGCUGUGACAGCAACAGCAAGAAGAAAGACCUGGUGGAGUCUCCAGUGGGUUCCGCAUGGCUGCCUCUGCUGAGGGAUGGCAGGGUCACCAUGAAUGAACAGCUGCUGCCGGUGGCCGCCAAUCUGCCUGCCGGGUACCUCGGCUCCCAGGACGGUAUCAACAAGCACUCUUCUGGCUCGGAGAUCAAAUGGGUCGACGGAGGAAAGCCCCUGUUCAAAGUCUCCACUCAUCUCGUCUCCACAGUUUACACUCAGGAUCAGCACUUGCACAACUUCUUCCACCACUGUCAAAUCAUGGAGACGUCAGGACAAGCUUCAGAGGGGGAGCUCGUUAAAUACCUGAAGAGUCUCCAUGCAAUGGAGGGUCAUGUGAUGGUCAACUUCCUGCCCACCGUCCUCAACCAGCUGUUCUGCGUCCUGACUAGAGCCACCCACGAGGACGUGGCAGUCAACGUGACCAGGGUGAUGGUUCAUGUAGUGGCACAGUGCCACGAAGAGGGGCUUGAACAUUACUUAAGAUCUUACAUCAAGUUUGUGUUUAAGCCGGAGCCUUAUUCCUCCACUGAUGUGAAAACAGUUCACGAGGAGCUGGCUAAAGCCAUGACCGCCAUUCUCAAGCCGUCUACAGACUUCCUGACCAGCAACAAGCUGCUGAAGUACUCGUGGUACUUCUUUGAAGCUCUGGUGAAAUCGAUGGCUCACUACCUCAUUGAGAGCGGGAAGGUCAAGCUCUCUAGGAACCAGCGUUUCUCGGUAUCCUACUACCAUGCAGCAGAGACUCUGGUGAAUAUGCUCAUGCCGCACAUCACCCAGAAAUACAAGGACAACCUGGACGCGGCUCGUAAUGCCAAUCACAGCCUGGCCGUUUUCAUCAAGCGCUGCUUCACCUUCAUGGACAGAGGCUUCGUAUUGAAGCAGAUCAAUAACUACAUGAACUGCUUCAUGCCCGGAGACCCCAAGACUUUGUAUGAAUUUAAGUUUGAGUUCCUGCGGGUUGUUUGCAACCAUGAGCACUACGUCCCCCUCAAUCUGCCCAUGCCCUUUGGAAAAGGUCGAAUCCAAAGGUUCCAAGGUAAACAAGUGGAGUGCGCUGGAGUUGUUUCUCUGCAUCUUUUCCUUUCUACGCAAAUCUCACUUGUGCUGCCCGCCUCAGAUCUCCAGCUGGACUAUUCUCUGACCGACGACUUCUGUCAAAACCACUUCCUGGUGGGGCUGCUGCUGAGGGAGGUGGGCGGUGCCCUGCAGGAGUUCAGAGAGAUCCGCCAGAUCGCCAUCCAGGUGCUCAAGGGUUUGAUGAUCAAGCACACAUUGGAUGACCGCUAUGCCGCCAAAAGCCAACAGGCCAGACUCGCCACCCUCUACCUCCCUCUGUUUGGUCUGCUCCAGGAGAAUGUUUACAGACUGGACGUGAAGGAGUCCGCCCCCCUCGGCAACCACAAUAAUGCCAGGGAGGACUCUUUGUUUCCCAACUCCAUUGUGACGCCUCAGAAACCUGGGAGCUGCGUAGAAAAUGCUCUCCACAAAGAUGUGUUUGGCGUCAUCUCUGGAACAGCCUCCCCCCACAGCUCCACCCCCAACGUCAGCUCGGUGCAGCACGCGGACUCCAGAGGCUCCCUGAUCUCCACCGACUCUGGAAGCAGCCUGCAGGACAAGAGCAGUGACAAGACCAACUCCCUGGAGAAGUACCAGGGUGCGUCGUCUAUGGGCAGCGCCGGGUUGCGCUGCGACAAACUGGACCGGGACGAGGUCAAAAACAUGCUGAUGUGCCUUCUGCACGUCCUCAAGAGCAUGUCGGAGGAGGCCCUCUUCGCGUACUGGAACAAAGCAGCUCCCUUGGAACUGAUGGACUUCUUCACGCUGAUAGAAGUCUGCCUUCAUCAGUUCAGAUACAUGGGGAAGAGAUUCAUCGUCAGGAGCCAGGAGGGGGCGGGGCUUGUAGCCCCGGACAGAAAGUCUCUGACCCUGCCUGUGUCUCGCAACAGGACGGGCAUCCUGCACGCCCGCCUCCAGCAGCUGGGAACUCUGGAGAACGCGCACACCUUCAACAACAUGUACUCCCACACGGAGGCAGACGUGAGCAGCCAGUGUCUGCUGGAGGCCAACGUGUCCACGGAGGUCUGUCUGACCGUGCUGGACACGCUCAGCAUCUUCAUCAUGGGAUUCAAGACGCAGCUGAACUCGGAUCUUGGCCACAACCCGCUGAUGAAGAAGGUGUUCCAGGUGCACCUGUGCUUCCUGCAGAUCCCUCAGUCCGAGGCCGCCCUCAAGCAGGUCUUCGCCUCGCUCAGGACCUUCAUCUACAAGUUCCCCUGCACCUUCUUCGACGGCCGGGCCGACAUGUGCGCCUCCCUGUGCUACGAGAUCCUCAAGUGCUGCAAUUCCAAGCUGAGCUCCAUCCGCAGCGACGCCGCCCAUCUCCUCUACUUCCUCAUGAAAAGCAACUUUGACUACACCGGACGCAAGUCCUUCGUCCGGACACACCUGCAGGUGGUCAUCGCCGUCAGCCAGCUGAUCGCCGAUGUCAUCGGCAUCGGUGGGACCCGUUUCCAGCAGUCGCUCUCCAUCAUUAACAAUUGUGCGAACAGCGACAAGAGCAUCAAGCACACGGCCUUCCCGUCAGACGUGAAGGACCUGACAAAGCGCAUCAGGACGGUGCUGAUGGCCACGGAACAGAUGAAGGAGCACGAGAACGACCCGGAGAUGCUGGUGGACCUCCAGUACAGUUUGGCCAAGUCCUACACCAGCACGCCCGAGCUCCGCAAGACCUGGCUGGACAGCAUGGCCCGCAUCCACAACAAGAACGGAGACCUCUCAGAGGCAGCCAUGUGCUACGUGCACGUCGCCGCCCUGGUGGCUGAGUACCUGUGGAGGAAAGGAAUGUUCAGGCAGGGCUGCUCGUCCUUCCGCGUCACCACCCCCAACAUCGACGAGGAGGCGGCCAUGAUGGAGGACGUCGGGAUGCAGGAUGUCCACUUCAACGAGGAGGUGCUGAUGGAGCUGUUGGAGGAGUGCGCUGACGGGCUCUGGAAGGCGGAACGGUAUGAGCUCAUCGCUGACAUCUACAGGCUCAUCAUCCCUAUCUACGAGCAGCGCAGAGACUUUGAGAAACUGACUCACCUGUACGACACCCUCCACCGAGCCUACACUAAAGUGAUGGAGGUGAUGCACAGCGGCAAAAGACUGCUGGGAACAUACUUCAGAGUGGCCUUCUUUGGACAGGGCUUCUUUGAGGAUGAAGAUGGAAAGGAAUACAUCUACAAGGAGCCGAAGUUCACGCCGCUGUCCGAGAUCUCCCAGAGGCUGCUGAAGCUCUACUCCGACAAGUUUGGUCAGGAGAACGUCAAGAUCAUCCAGGACUCCAGCAAGGUAAACCCGAAGGACCUGGACUCCAAGUACGCCUACAUCCAGGUGACCCACGUCACGCCUCACCUGGACGACAAGGAGCUGGACGACAGGAAGACGGACUUCGAGAAGAGUCACAACAUCCGGCGCUUCGUGUUCGAGACGCCGUUCACCGUGUCGGGCAAGAAGCAGGGAGGGGUGGAGGAGCAGUGCAAGCGGCGGACCGUCCUCACCACCACCCACUGUUUCCCUUACGUGAAGAAGCGCAUAGCGGUCAUGUACCAACACCAGACGGACCUGAGCCCCAUCGAGGUGGCCAUCGACGAGAUGAGCGCCAAGGUGGGCGAGCUGCGUCUGCUGUGCUCCGCCUCCGAGGUGGACAUGAUCCGCCUGCAGCUCAAACUGCAGGGCAGCAUCAGUGUUCAGGUCAAUGCCGGUCCACUUGCUUACGCCAGAGCCUUCCUCGACGACAGUAGUGCCAAGAAAUAUCCCGACAACAAGGUCAAGCAGCUCAAAGAGGUGUUCAGGCAGUUUGUGGACGCCUGCGGUCAGGCGCUGGCAGUGAACGAGCGGCUGAUCAAAGAGGACCAGCAGGAGUAUCAUGACGAGAUGAAGGCCAACUACAGGGACCUGACCAGGGAGCUGUCACACAUCAUGCAUGAACAGAUAAACCCAGUGGAUGACGGGACAAGGAACGCUCUGUCCGACUCCAUGGGCAUCUUCAACGCCAUCAGUGGCACGCCAACCAGUGCCAGCCCACACGGUUCGACCACCAUACUCUGAUCGCGAUGUUUUCACUCCAAUGAUGGAUGUUGAACUACAGUCCAGAGGAAGGACGAUCUCUACAACUUGAACGCCAUCAUCAGUUGGCUGUUGUUUCCUCCCGCUAAAUGCCAUGAGCUGGAAAAUGUGAUGUUCCCUCCCUUUUAUCCGUUGGCUCAUUGCUCUUGUUUCCUAUGGAGACUCCAGUCAAUGCUGUUGACUUGUCAACAACUAGUUCUAUCGACUUAUUGUCAGUUUUGGGUCAUUUUGUAUUGUUUGUUUGAUCCUACACAAGACGGGUGAAACACUGCAAGCGUGUUUCCAAUACUGUGACUGACAACAUAAUACUAUUUUAAAAGCUCCACCAAAGGAGUGUUAGAACAAACAUGAGGGACUUCAGUAUUUGCAUUUUACCCAAGUAUAGCUUUUUCUGUUCUUUUUUUUUACCGUAGGGCUCCCAUUCAUGUACAAUUGUUUGUAAGAUUGAGCGUUUUGAGAGUUUUUAAUGGAGAGCUACUGCUGUAACCGUACACACAUUCUACAGCGGUUACACAAUAUUUUUACAUUUCCCCUUUUCUAUUCUUUUCAGUUGCGCCCCCGUUACAGCAGAGUUUAUCUUUUAUCUUACAUUGGACAUUUGACAAGAAUCAUUCGCUCUAUUUUAGGCCAAUGGACGUGUAUAGAAAUUGUCUAAAGCCAAGUGAACCACAAUGAUUAAACCUUUUUUUCUUCUUUAAAGACAAACGUGUGCAAUAUUUUGUAUUGUUGGCAAGGUUACUUGCUGCAUAUUAAACCAUUCUUGCCAAAGACAUUAGAAAAAAUGACAGUUUGUAAUCUCCCUCCUUUGUUUCUGUGUCGGUUAUGUUGAUGCCUUUUAUUAUCUGUGAGGUAAGGUUUUAAAAAACUGCUCAUGUAUUUAAGUUUAAGUCUUUAAAUAUAUAAAAAAACUUCAAUAAUACCUUC